AUGGUUGGGCACGCCUUCGCCUCACGACUUGGAACGACGACACGACGCACGAUGGUCUGCAACAUUUUCUCCUUGGUUUUGCUUGUGCUCGCCUCCCUUAUCGCUGUGUCCACGGCGACGCCACUCCUCUACCGUUCACCACAGGUUGGUUUUCUUUUUCGCGGUACACCCAGUUUCCCACAGCGUUAACACCUUUUCGAAAAAAAGACGACAAGAGCCUUAUCAAAGUCAUGGGAUCGAACAACGUCAUAGAUUUCGAAAAAAGUUUCUUCAAAUAUUGUUUUUUUUUGUGUUUUUGGCAGGAAAAUGAAAGUUGUGCAGAUGAGACUUCCAGAAAACUUUCGAAAACCUUCGAGCUCUUCAUUGAAGAAAAAAAAAAUAAAUAAAAGAGUGUUUUUAUAGUGCUUUACGCGCGAGACGGUCACGUUUUUAAAGAACAGCAAAAAAAGCUACCAUAACAACAGCUUUUUUGCAUUUUGCUCUACAAAAAUGCAAAAAAGACAGCAAAAAAAGAUCUUGAAAAGAAGUUGGUAAGUUUUGAUAUAAUUUGAUAUACGGUCUUUAUGGCGGAAAGAAAAACGUGAAGAGCUUCCGCGUAAAGAGCUAUAUUCAAACUUCCUAAAUUUCCCAAGCAGAAAGUGAAAUGACCUCUCUUGUUGGAAAAGACCGCACAUAAUUAUGUGCGGUCUUUUCGCUGAGAAAAGCUGAGAAUUCGGAAUUCCGAGCUGACUUUCCGAAGCAAAUUCCCUGUGUGUCAAGGCUCCACUAUAUUUUGGGGGCACUUAUUUUACAGACCAGACAUAAAAACUGCGUCAAAGAUUUGUGAAUACUUGUCUAGGCAAUAGGUGAAUGAAAAAGGAUGUUUUUUUGCUCUCCGAAACCCCGUGGGGCCAAAAUGAACAGCCAGUGAAGGUCUCUUGUCUCUUGAGAUGUACGACGACAUGCAGUUCGUGAAGCGAAGCAACGCCGAACUCAUUAACGGUCUGAUCGGCAUGGACCUCGGCAAGCUGAGCGCCGUCGGCAAACGGUCAGUUUGUCUCGCGGCCAUCCAGUUGGCGUCGUUUCAGGUCAAACGCAGAGCUCAUCAACGGUCUCCUCGGCAUGAACCUCAACAAGUUGAGCAGUGCCGGUCGAUGA